AUGUCCACCGGCGAAGAAGUUGCUGUCUCGGAGCAACCGACAAAACCACCGGAUCCAGGGGUCUCCUUCAAAGACCGCCUUUUAGGCCGCCGCUCGGCCUCACCUGCUCACGCUGCCACAUCGGAAUUUUUGUUGGAGAAAGAGGUAUUGGCCAAAGUUCAUAUUGAUUACGCUAAUGGCAAUAAGCUUAUGCCUAUGAUGCGUUUAUCUGAUGACCUACUUCAAGAGGAAUGUCAAGCAUGGAAAAAUGCCAUCAUUAUCAAGCCAUACGGUAACACAGUCGGUCAUCAUCUCUUGGUCAACCGGCUACAUACCUUGUGGACUCCUGCUGCUGAAAUGGAGGUCUUAGAGUUGGGCAACGGCUUUUCAGUGGUGAAAUUUGAAGACCCGGAGGACCUAACUCGUGUUAUUUCGGGAGGGCCAUACAUAAUUGCAGGGAAAUUUCUAGCAAUUCAACUAUGGACUCCCGGUUUUAACCCGUUCAGCUCCCGCAUCUCCACCCUGCUCACUUGGGUUCGCUUCACCCACCUCCCAACAGAGUACUACCGCGAUGAGAUCCUAUUCACACUUGCAUCUUGUAUGGGAAGGCCUGUUCGCAUAGAUCGACAAACUGCCCUCGUUACUCGAGGAUGCUAUGCUCGCGUUUGUGUAGAGAUCAAGUUGGAUGAGCCUCUUGUGCCUAAGGUAUGGGUGGCUAAUGCAUGGAGACUAGUGGAAUAUGAAGGAAUCCAUGCUGUUUGUGGGGAGUGUGGUAGAGCUGGUCAUCUAAAAGAGGCGACUUCAACGAAAUCGUCUCCUUGGAGGAACGGCAAGGAGGAAUUCUAA